AUGUUAUCCAAGCUCCUUGCCCUCCUAGCAGCUGCUUUCCCGCUUUUUGUUACCGCCAGUUCAGAUUGCAAGUGUACACCACGCGAUAGCUGCUGGCCAAGCGACUUUGACUGGCAACACUUCAACGCCACUAUCAACGGCCGCCUGAUCAAGGCGCACCCAGCAGCUUCAGUCUGCUACGAGUCCCAGCCCGAUUACAACGAGGCCGCCUGCAGCACCAUCCGUGAUCAAUGGAGGAACUCGACAUUCCACGGCCAGGACCCGAUCAGUAUCGACUAUCCCUUCCUUGCGAACAAUACCUGCCCUCCCACUUUCCCCAACGGAACAAGUGUUUCUGGGGACCCAAAUGCAGGAAGCAAGGGAUGUGCCUUGGGUGGAUACCCAGACUAUGUGAUUGAUGCGACGUCUGCAGAAGUCAUCGCCACGGCGCUGAAAUGGGCGCAGAGGAAGCGGAUUCGCGUCGUCAUUAAGAACUCGGGUCAUUCUCAUCUUGGAAGGAGCACUGGAUACGGAAGCUUGUCGAUUUGGACUCGUAACAUCAAAAAGGUUGAAUACAUUGAAAGCUUUCAGUCCGCUUCCUGUAAAAGCAACUUCACUCACAAGGCUGCCUCGAUUGGAGCUGGUGAGGUCGGAAUUGAUGUUAACAGAGCCCUAGACAAGCACGGAGCUGUCAUUGUCGCGGGCGCUAAUCCUAGCGUUGGAAUCGUCGGAUGGUUUACCGGAGGUGGCCAUGGACCGCUCAGCAGCGACUACGGCAUGGGAUCCGACAACCUUCUUGAGGCAACACUGAUCACGCCAAACGGCACCACCCUGACCGUCAAUGCUUGCCAGCACUCUGACCUGUUCUACGCCUUGCGCGGUGGCGGCGGCGGCACCUAUGGCGUCGUUACCUCCGCGGUCAUGAAGGCCUAUGCUUCCCCGCGCACCACCCUCUGGUCAUUUUCCAUAAACCUGCUCGACCAGACAAAGGAGUCCCAGUGGUGGGACCUCAUGGUGUUUUUCCACUCGCAGCUACCAGCGUGGAAGGAGGCUGGAAUGCAGGGGUAUUACUAUGUCAUGGGGCCGCCCUUUAUGAAGAGCCGAAUGCUUGUGGGAGGCUUCUACAUUGUCCACACGGCGUCUUCUUUUAUGGAGAUUUAUGGUCCUACUCAGAAUGAGGAAGUUGGCACUGGCGGAUUCUCUCUAGGCAGUAGACUACUGCCAGCUGAGCCUCUUAAAGACACAAAGGCCAUGAGAACCCUUCUGCGGGAGCUCUCAGGAGCGUCCAGUGAUGGUACCACCUCUAUUCCAGUCGCGGUUAUCAUCGGUCACGUCAUUGCCAACUCGAAUAAUGCCGGUCUCGAAACCGGCCUCAACUCGGCGUGGCGCAAAGCCGUCGUCCACUUCCUCAUCGUCGGCGGCUGGGAAGACGGAGCUCCAGACAGCGUCGCCACGGCCGUCCGCGACGACGUGACAAACAGCAAGACAUAUGCCAUGCGCAAGCUCGCCCCGGAUAGCGGUGCAUACUUUAACGAGAUGGACAUUAAUGAGCCAAACUGGCAAUACACUGCCUUCGGUAGCAACUACCCACGGCUACGCGCGGUCAAGAAAAAGUAUGACCCGGAGGGAUUGCUCUGGUGUACACACUGUGUGGGAAGCGAGGAAUGGGUUCCGAACGACAGUGGACAGCUUUGCCGUCCGUCUUGGUUCGGCGAUUCGGCUUGA